CGCGCCAAUUCAAAUCGAGUGAGAGAGGGGGGGAGAGAGAGAGAGAGAGAGUGAGAAUGGAGGAAGCUGCUCCGACAGCGGGUUCUCCCGACGUCGACAUCAUUCGCAGUCGAAUUGGAGAGCUCACUGAUUUGCUGAGGAUCUGCAAAGAUGUCGACCCGGAAGCUCAUCCCGAUUCGGAGAAAUUGGUCAGCCAGUGCGCCUUCGAUCUCGAGGGUAGAGUGGAACAAAUACUUGCACAAAGUUCUGUUGCUGCUUCCUUUGGUCCUGAAGAUUCAAGUGCAUUUUUGGAACAGUUGAAGGAAGAACUUAAUGCCGUGGAGGUGGAGAAGAUUAAGAUCUCUGAUCAAAUUGAGCUUCUCACAAAAUCUGUGAUGUCAGAUUCUGAAACAUUAGAAAGAGAUCUUGAAUGGUUGAAAUGGUCUCUGGACCAUACUGAACUACUGGGUCUGGAGAAAAUAACUACUGGCAGAUGUGUGGAUUGCUUUUACAGGGAAAAUCAAUUGAGUUCAACAAGUGGAGAUGCAUGCCACAAGUUUGAGAUCCUGGAUCUUCAAAGUCAAAUUGAGAAGAAAAAUAAAAUCUUGAAAUCACUCCAAAGUCUUGAUUGUGAAUUCAAAAGGUAUGAUAUCAUUGAACAGAUUGAGGAUACAUUAUCGGGGAUAAAAGUCAUCGAAUUUGAUCAGAACAUCAUUAGGCUGUCACUGAAAACAUAUGUUCCAAAAUUUGAAGGCAACCAACAAAAAGUUGAGGAUGCUAUUGAGACAUCAGAGGUGAAUCAUGAAGUGCUGAUUGAAGUUGUGGAUACAAAUCUAGAGAUAGAAAGUGUUGAGAUAUUCCCCAAUGAUGUAUACAUAGCCGAUAUAGUUGAUGCUGCAAAAUCGUUCAGGCAGUCCUUUUCCCAAUUGACGGUGCCCCAGACAUCAUUAGAGUGGUUCAUACGGAAAGUAAUGGAAAGGAUUAUCAUAUCAACUCUGAGGCGAUCUGUUGUGAAAACUGCAAACAAAUUGAGGUACUCUGUAGAAUACAUGGAAAGAGAUAACACUAUAACAGCUCAUUUUCUCGGGGGAAUUGAUGCCAUUCUAAAGGCAUCUCAAGGUUGGCCACUGUGUGAUUCUCCGUUGGAGCUGAUAUCGCUCAAGUGCUCUGAGAAUAGUGCAAAGAGAGUUCCCUUAAGUGUUCUCCGUAAAGUUGAGGAAGCGAUGAGAUCCUUGGAAGCACAGAAAAGGGUGAAGUUGUUGGCUUUCCUCAAUUCCAUCGAAGCUAUGCUCUCAGAGCAUUGAUUAAGGUCAUGCUCGGUAUACCUAUCAAAAUCAAAUCUACGUCGGAAUGCUUGAAGAACUACCCGUUGUUCAGGCAGAUUAUUUCUAGUUACCUUGGUCAUCUGGAGAAGCAUGUCUUGAUGGAUUUUGUAAAUUCUGUCCCUACAUCUGUUGUUAAUUUACCAAGAAAUUCUGGUUAUACCUUAACUUAUCCAAGCUUCUCCGCAUCUUUUUUCAGCUGAACGGAAAAUUUUAUUCCAUUAAUUUCUGAUUUUUUCUUCGAAGCUUGAGAUUAUAAGCA